ACAAAUAAAUUUUUUGUUAAAUUUCUUUCUUUAUGACAAACAAAAAUGCCAUUGACUCAAUGAUUAAAGUAACUAAUUAUGUAGGCAAUGGGAACUCAAUUAAGACUUGGAUUAGCCCAUGGUUUCCACUACAUUUACCGAAAGGUCUUAAAAGAAUUAUUUUAGACGGAUGCGUUUUGCAUAAACCAAGAUUGAUCAACAUAUCUCAAUUUAAACAUUAUAACAACCAAAAGCGGAAUGUAAAUGAGAAUUACUUAAACCGAUUUCAUUUCAAAUAUGUUUUUAUCUUAACUAAAAUAACAUUAUAGUGGAUGGCUUGACAACUAAAUUCAAUCACUAAUCAAAAAUGUUGUCCCUACCACGUUUUUUCUCCAUGAAUCCUUACCACUUGUUUCAUAGCCGCAAAGAAAAUAGAUACAUAUGAAUCUUGUAGAAGAGUUAAUAAAAGUAAGAAAUAUCAAAAGGAGCAACUUAUUGGAGACGCAAACACGUGCUUCGAUCAAAUAUUAAUUAGUUAUCCUGAUUCUACCUUAAUCUAAUCAUUUAAUAAAAUUUCGUAACACUUAAUACAACAGAUAAGUUUUGUCAAACACCGCCAAGAUUGAUAAUAUUUGCGUGUGCAGUGAUUAUAGAAUUGACUUAAGAAGAUACGCCGCCUGUGAAUAUUAAUCGGUAAACUAUUCAGCAGUCGAUACUAUUCAGCAGUCGAUACUUUGACAACUAAAAAGCAGGUAGGCAUCAAACACUUUAGUAUACCGGUGAACUAAUAUAGGAGUAUAAUAAAAAAUACCAAAGAUACAGAAAAUUUUAACAAAUAAUUAUUCCAAUCAAAACGAAUGAAAUAUGAGAGUACUAUUUUCGGAAAUGUACAAAAUGCGUCGAAACCGCCAGUAGAGAUUUAGUAGUAUACGUAUUAAAAUGCAACGGAAAAAAUAGAAUAAAAAUAAAGUUUCGUGACUUUUGUCUUUUUAUUCUAGUUCAAUUAAUAAAGAAUCCAAAACCUAUACUACACAAAUAAAAAAAUAGAAAAAACAUUUUCCAUGUGAGAUAAUUAAAAAGAAGCUGUGAUCUGUCUGUCUCUGUCUUAGGAUACCGUGUUCUAUCUCCACUAACUCUCUCGCGCCCUCUCUCCCUCCUCACAAACCAAACAUAUAAAUAAACUUAUAUUCGUCAAUCCAGACACAAUAUCACCACCACCACCAUCAUCAGCAUCAUCAGUUAUUGUCCUUACAACUCAGAAGAUGGAGAAAAACUGCGACUUGGAACUUCGUCUCUUUCCAACAUCUUCUUAUGAUGAAUCAGAUACCUCUGUGGUAGAAUCAAGAAGCUCUGGAAACUCACUACCAAAAGAGGAAGAAUCUCAGAGGAUAACAAUUUUCUACAAUGGAAAAAUGUGUGUUUCUUCGAAUGUUACCCAUCUUCAGGCUAAAUCUAUAAUAUCGAUCGCGAGUAGAGAGAUGGAAGAGAGGUCAUCCUCAAACGGGUCGGAUCCUCGGAACAGGUUGACAAGAUUACAUCAUCAUCAGCUUCCAAAUCCAAAGGCUUCUAUGAAAAGAUCUCUUCAAAGUUUUCUUCAGAAACGGAGGAUUCGAAUUCAAGCAGCUUCACCUUACCAUCAGCAUUCACGACGAUAGUGUUUUUAUUUUGUUUCUCAAUUUUUAUUUCACAUGCUUUAAAAAAAUAAUAAUAAUUUAGACAUGUCUUGUUUGUUGCUGGGGAUGGUUAAAACAUUUGACAUCCAUGGUUUGUCAAAUUAGACGUAAUUUUUAUGAAAACCAUUAGUCAAAAAAUAUGUAAUUUUUUUUCUCUUUGUGAUAUAGUGAGGUUAGAGAAUGUUAAUUAAUUUUGGUGAGAAAUGUUUUAGCCGUAGUGUGUAAAAAACAAGUUAUGUAUUUAAGAAUUAUACCUAAAGAAGAACUGUAUCCAUUGAUAAUGAAU